GGGAGAGAGAGAGAGGGAGGCUGAGGCGAGCGGCCGGGACCAGCCAUGGCCCUCUGGCUCAGCCUCGUCAUGCUCCUGGGCAGCUGGACCCUCGACGACUCGGGGGCGGAGGCCUGCACUUGCUCCCCCAGCCACCCCCAGGAAGCCUUCUGCAACUCCGACGUCGUGAUACGUGCCAAGGUGGUGGGGAAAAAGCUUGUGAAGGAGGGGCCUUUUGGAACCCUGAGAUACACCAUCAAGCAAAUGAAGAUGUACCGAGGCUUCAGCAAGAUGCCUCACGUGCAGUACAUCUACACGGAAGCUUCUGAAAGUCUUUGUGGGCUGAAGCUGGAGGUGAACAAGUACCAGUACCUGCUGACAGGCCGUGUUUAUGACGGGAAGGUGUACACUGGCCUGUGUAACUUCGUUGAGCGAUGGGACCAGCUGACCCUCUCCCAGCGCAAAGGCCUGAAUUAUCGUUACCAUCUGGGCUGCAACUGCAAGAUCAAAUCCUGCUACUACCUGCCUUGUUUCGUGACCUCCAAGAACGAGUGCCUCUGGACGGACAUGCUCUCCAACUUCGGCUAUCCCGGAUACCAGUCCAAGCACUAUGCUUGCAUCCGGCAGAAGGGAGGUUACUGCAGCUGGUACAGAGGCUGGGCGCCUCCCGACAAGACGAUCAUCAAUGCUACAGACCCCUGAGCGCCUCUCCCCUCCCCCUGUCUCUUCCCUCCCUCUUGGCAGAGCUUCCCUCGGACACUAACUCUUACCAGAUGAUGAUGACAAUGAAAAUUAGUGCCUGUUUUCUUGCAAAUUUAGCACUUCGAACACUUAAAGAAAAGUCUAUGCCGUCAUACUGAGUUUAUUGUUAAUCACACUUUUUAUUUCCUUCUUUUUGGUUAGCUACCACCCAUUUCCCUCAGACAUGUUGUUCUGGGGAUUUAGGACGGCAUGCCAGAAAGAACAAGGAGCUUGUACUCCUCUUAUCAGUGUCUAUAUAAUCUAUAUUUUUUUAGGAAAACAAAAAUCUAAAAACUAUCCCAGUUGGGCAUUGUAAUCUCUGCUCUUUCACCUCCCUGCCCCCUUCGCCUCAGUGCGCAAAUUACACGAGUCAUUUUCUAAAGGACUAAGGGGAUGGCGAUUGGUUGAGGUCCAUAGCCCGUUGGCCCCGGAAGAAUCUGGGCCAUUUUUUUUAAUGUAAAAGAUAUGGGAUUGGACUACAACAGCAGGGGGAGAAUCUGGAUAGGUGGGUGAGAGAGAGAAAGAGAGAGAGAGUGUGUGUGUGAGAGAUAGAGAGAGAGAGAGAGAGAGAGGAGUAGAGUGUGAGUGAGUGCGUAGAGUGUUUUGACUUCACCCACCUGGGUAUGUUAAAGAAACUGGCAAGUAAGCAUCCCUCUUUUCUAAACUCACUUUCUGGAGGAAUCUAACCCCAUGUCAGAAUUCCUGAGCCUCCUGAAUAUAAAGAGUUAAAUCUCCGCCUGAGGCCGGGGGGGCAAUUAUCCUGCCUUGAAGAGCAGACCAGGUGAAGCUCUGAGAUUAAUGUCUUUACUUUCCUAAACCCCCACAAGAAUUGCUCCUGGAAAUUCUGUGGUUUAUAUUUGGCAGGAAAUCUGUCUCAUGUACGUUUUAGAAAAACACUCAUUCACACACACACACAUACACAUGCACACACAUAGACACACACACACAGUCUACAAGAUCUAGUUAAGUAGAGCAGAUGGGGAAAGGGAGACGGGCUGGAGAUGAGUGGAGUUUUGUUGCCAACUAGUAUUUAGCUCAACUAGAGAAUGUGCUCAUAUACACACAUUCAUACAGACAGGGAUAUAAGCUAAUUUUUUUGGACAGGACCCACAGUUGUUUGUUGAUAAAACUAAGUCAAUAAUUUAAUCUUUUUUUUGUGUGUGCGGGGUGGGGGGGGAAAGGGUUUAAAAAUGGAAACCCUGACAUUCCAAGUUGUUGAACUGUUUUUUCUUCCCUAAUUAAAUUUUAAACAUUGAAACUCCAGCACAGUGCCUGUAGCAGCUAGACCCUCUCCCCACACACAUUCUGUGGUCCCCAGCAUCAGCGCCUCUCUAGGAUCAGUGGCAGGCUCAGGAGACCUAACAGAUGGGCGUUAGGAUGGGUUGGACUGAGAACGGGAAGAGGUGAAAAAUCCUAGUCCAUCGGGCAAGUUCAUUCCCUUGCAGUUCUCAUUUUCCCAACCAAAGAACUCCAUCUGGUCCCAAAGCUCCUCAGACUACAAUUAUUGGAGGCCCUGGCGCUGGGAUUUUCUGAUUCCUGGUGCUCCACAUUAACAAUGGCACCAGCGGGAUGGUACCUGGGGAUUCGUUUCGUUGGCGGCUGGAGGAAUUUUUUUUUUUUAAAGAAAACUAUAAUAUAAAUUCUCUAAAUAAAAUUAUUUUACGUUUUAAUGUUGAUAAAGAGGAGUUGCUGACAGAAUGGGUGACAGUGUAUAUUUUACAGAGUUGGGGAUGGUGACACUUAACAUGAUUUUUUUUCUUUUUUUUAUGAUUAUAGUUAUUUAUCUUUUGAUUCUUUGUAUCUUCCAUUCAUUCCACUUAGGAACUAGAGCUGCCUCGGUUUGUCAUUUCCCCCUCAGAUUCAUCGGACGAAUGACACCUAAAAAUACAGUCUGGCCUCAGCGGCCUGAAAGAACCCGAUGGUUCAGAUCGUGUGUUUUGGGGGUUUGAGCCUUGGGGGUUAUUAACCAGUAAAGACACAUCUGCCAGUCCCCUCUCACCUGGAAUCAGGCAUCUGGCAUAAAAGGCAUUCAAAUGUGCUGGGGCAGAAGAGAAAGAAUGCCUCAUGGGGGGAAAAAGUACCACCUUGUUCUUGUUUGACGAAGGAGCUGCUGCCCACAGUCGAUAGGGUUUUGUCAAGGCUGACAACUGACGUUUCAGAGUGUUGCUGGGAUUAUCUCUGAAUUUAGCCCUGACCCGGUCAGGUGGUUGUCACUACCCCAGAGGCCAAUGAUCCAGCAACCAUGUGGGUCCAACACCACGACUGGAGCAAAACUGGGAAAGGAAUCACUCAAUCGGGGUUUCCUGCAGGUGGAAAGAAGGGUGAAAUGACAGAAAUUUUUCCCAUUCAAGGGGAGGGAGAAAUGGUGUUUAGGCAAAGAACCGUUUGCAGAGAGUUGUGAGAGGGCAGCUUAAGCUUUUCGUGAGCUCUAGCUUUUGUGUAUUUUUACCUGUUCACUUACUGUAUAUUGUUAUGGUCUUUUAAUUAGCUGAGACACUUUGGAAUUUGAAUUAAAUUAUUGUGGCUUUUUUGGCUAGCUCAUAUGUCCUAAGUAGGCUGUAAUAUUUCCGCACCUGGUCGAAAAAACGAAACAAAAAACUCCACACGGGCUAUCGCUUUCCUCUUCCAAACUACAGGGGAUGCCGGGGGACGUCAGCUCGGCAAGUGGGUGGGGGCGAGACAGCAGUGCUUCACCCUCUGCAUUUGCCGAGCUGCGGGCAGUAGCCCAGGCCGGGUUGAAAGAAGGUGCCGUCAUGUGUUCGGUCCUGAGGGGAACUCAGGAGGAAAAGAGGUUCCUCUUUUGUUCUAGGAGGCUUGUAGGCUUUACACGGUUGGGGACAAACGGCCUCCAACUGUUGCCCUCUCAGCCUCAGGCUCCGCCCAGCCUUAAUCCCUGACCCUCCGCUUAGAGUUGCAACAAAGAAGGCCCGUAGUCAAAGACGGAGGGGAAGCCCCCUUGAAUCAUUCUUUCCCCUCUGACGAAGCCCAACCCACCGGUACAUAUAAUCACACCCCCUACAAACUGAGCAGAGGAAUCGAACAGAAGAUCUGACUCCGAGUUAACUGUCAAUCUGGCCAGACUCCUCCCUAACUGAGAGGAGCCUGCGGUGAAUCUGCUCUUCGAUCUAUCAUCCUUCCUGUCAUUCACCUAAACCACCCACCCCGAGACUGGAGGCACUAGAAAGAAGACGGAGUUCUUGGUGACCCUAAGCUAAUAAUUGGGGAUGGGAGGAGGGGAGAGGGAAGGGGAGGAUGCUAGCUACAGGAGCCCAAUUAGAAAUACACUCCCCCAAUUCCAAAUGACCCCAUCUAGGAGGAUUUCAUGACUUGGGACGUUUUCGUCUUCUGAUUGUAACAUGUCCUUGGCUUGAAAACUGUAAUGUCUUUCCUUCCCCUUGUUUUUCCCCUCCAACUUGUGGGUAGCACCUAAGUGUUUGGCUGCUGGCUAUUCAAAAACCUAGACUGAAGUACAUUUACAGGGAAAAAAAAAAAAGCCAAUUUAAAAUCUGGAUGGCUCUGGCAAAAAUUAAACUACAUGGUUAAUCGACGGCUUCCAAAUCAGACGCAACUCUGCAGGGGCCCACCUUCUCAUGGUGGGAAGAGAACGCCGCAGAAAAGAAAUCCACAAAAGUCCGUUUUAGCGCUUUGGGGCACUGGCUUCUCAGAGGCCCAGGUAUCUCCAAUUUUUCCAUGUAGCCAGUGGACCGUCCUUGAGUCGCAGAAAGUUACGGAAGGGAAACCACCCAGGAGAAAACCUUGUCUGGAAGGAAUGUAUUUGUUGCUAAAUUUUGUAGCACUGUUUACAGUUUUCCUCCAUGUUAUUUAUGAAUUUUAUAUUCAGUGAAUGUAUAUUGUCUUUUAAGGUAAUGUUGCAUAAUGUUCACUUUUUAUAGGGUGUCCUUUAUUCUAAACAGUAAAAUGGUUUUAUUUCUAUCACAGACA